CUGUUUAAAGUCUGUUGGCUGUGUUGUAACCAGGCUCGUUGCGAAAGUGGCGUUUUUGUGGAUGGAGGAGGAGAAAAGGGAGGGUAUAAACGAGGCGAAAAGGAGGAGGAAAAGAAGGUUAACCUUCCAUACAUCAUCAUCAUCAUCAUCAUCAUCAUCGGAAACUCUAGUCGGAGCUGCUUCCGCCCACACGAAAAAUGGCAGCUCCCUUGCUGGAGAAAGUCUCGGAUUAUUUAGGCUCGCCUGAGCCGGCGGUCCGCCUGAUUCUGUCGAUCUUAAUAGGUUAUCCCUUUGCACUGGUGUACCGACGGUUCCUGUUUCAUCAGUCGGCAUCUGUCAUUCAUCUGUUCCACACUCUCUCAGGGCUGUCCCUGGCCAUUUUUAACUUUGGGUCUCAGGUCUAUCACUCCGCAUUAUGCAUAAUUGUCCAGUUCCUCUUCCUGAGGCUCAUGGGAAGGACGGUGACGGGUGUACUGAGCAGCUUUAUCUUUCAGAUGGCGUACCUGUUGACCGGUUAUUACUACACGGCCACAGACGAGUACGAUAUCAAGUGGACGAUGCCUCACUGCGUCCUGACGCUCAAACUCAUCGGUUUAUCACUUGAUUACUACGACGGUGGAAAAGACCCAUCUCAGCUGAGCGCGGAGCAGAAGCAGGGCGCUCUCUCCUCCACUCCAUCUCUGCUGGAGGUUUGUGGUUUCUCUUAUUUCUACGGCGGCUUCCUGGUGGGGCCUCAGUUCACCCUGCGCAACUACCAGAGCCUGGUGUCCAGAGAAAUGACCGACGCCCCUGGCCAGGUGCCCAACAGCGCGAUUCCCGCCUUGAAGCGCUUCUCUUUGGGUUUGGUCUUCCUGGCCAUCUUCACGUUAUGUGGGCCGUACUAUCCGGACAGCUACUACCUUACAGAUGAAUUUGAGGCCCAGCCGUUUUGGUACAGGUGUGUGUUCAUCCUUCUGUGGGCGAAAGUGAACCUGUACAAGUACGUUAGCUGCUGGCUAAUAACGGAGGGGGUGUGUAUUCUCACCGGGCUGGGCUAUAACGGCCGCAGUACGAGGGGGGAGCCGCAGUGGGACGCCUGCGCCAACAUGAGGGUGUGGAUGUUUGAAACCACGCCGCUCUUCACCGGCACCAUCAACUCCUUCAACAUAAACACCAACGCCUGGGUGGCCAGGCACAUCUUUAAGAGGCUGAAGUUCCUGGGUAAUAAGAUGGUGUCUCAGAUGGCGACGCUGCUGUUCCUGGCGAUCUGGCACGGCCUGCACUCGGGCUACAUCCUCUGCUUCUCCAUGGAGUUCAUCAUCGUUUACGUGGAGCGGCAGGCCCAGGCGCUGGUGAAGGACAGUCCCUCACUGACGGCCAUCGCAAACGGCCCCUUCUAUCCCCUCGUUUACGUGGUCCAGCAGUUCAUCCACUGGCUCUUCAUGGGCUAUCCACUAGUGCCCUUCUGCCUGUUCACUUAUGACAAGUGGCUCAAGGUUUAUUCUUCAGUGUAUUUCUGUGGUCACCUCUUUUUCUUCGCUGCCAUUCUUAUCCUACCUUACCUCCGGAAGGCACUGGUGCCACGGAAAGCAAAGAGCGACAAAAAGGAGAACUAAAAAAUUGGGUUUUCUCUCUCUCUGUGUCUCCUGAAGCUGACUGAAGGGAACUGUGACUUUUACAGAGCAACUCAUCUGGAAAAUAUUUUAAGGCCUUUAAUAAUAUAUAUUAUAAAUAUAUAUAUACAUACGUACAUAAGUCUGUAUAAAAUUCUUUUUGUUUUUGUUUUUUCUUUGUGACAAGGCGUUAUUUUUGGGAGAGGGGUUUAAAGGACUGAAUGAAAAGAUGAUAAUACUACAGAAUCACAAGUUGAUUAGUUUUACUUCUUUUGUUAAAUGAGACGAUUUCGGAGGCAUUUGGGUCAGUGAUGCGUGGGAGAAGUGUGAAGGCUGAGCGUUGUUGUGGACGACCGCAGCCACAAAGAAGAUGCACCCCAGCGCUCCGAUUAGGAGCUGUAGACGUACGUGAAUAAUCGACCGGUCAGGAGGAUGUCCCAGGACGGACCGAAAACAAAGCAACGUAUGAGAUGGUGUGCGACAUACGGUCAGUGCUGUUGACCGAAGAGACUGCUGCUUUGGAAUUGACCGAUCCGUGCUCCCACCACAAAUACAUUCCUUCAUAGCAACUGUUGCCUGGUUCGACAAGCUUUACAGAACGUUGGCCAAAAUGUUUGAUUGAAACCGCAGCAUAGUUUUUAUCAAAAUAUGUAAUUUUAUACGGACUUUUCUGCUGUACUAACUUACAUUACAUCCAUGUGCUAACGACAGGCUUGUUGUCCGUCAGUGUUGACGAGCGCUCCAGCGCCCCCUACUGUCAGCUCUGCCUUCACUAAGCAUUGCAAGAAUUGCACUAGAAGGUACUAUUUAUUUUAAAUGACUUUUAUUUUGUAUGUGUGUGUUAGGAUAUAUUAAACACAACUGAUCAAUUGGUUGCUAGCUAGCUAAGCCUACAUCCGUAGCAUGAAAGAGGGAUUUUCCAUCAUCAUCAUCAUCAUCAUCAUCUUCCUCUUAAUUUUUCAUAUGUACUGACAUGCAUACAGAAACCAUGACAGGGCUUAGAUUGCUUAUAUUUAUCAGUAUAUAACUGUCGAUAAUAGCCAUGAAAUCCAUAAGUAGAACCGAUUGCUGCAAUCUGAAACUCCAGUCCUGGUUUUAGUUCAUUUAAAUGCACAGUAGAGCGUUGUCCUUUGAUUAAAACAGUAUUUUUUAUUCGUAGUACUAAUUUAAUAUUGGCCCUUUUUUUACAGAUGAAAAGCAGAUGUGAUUUUUAAUGCACUGAAACUUUUGCUCCACUGCUCACUUUUGUUAAACACUUGUGAUGAAGUGGAAGAAAAGAUUAGUAAUAGCAACAAAAUGAUUAUUUAUCUUCUAGCCAGUGUGAAUAAGAGACGCUGUGUAACUGCCCAUUCUGCUAAAGUUCACCACUGACCUCUUUUCCACUGUUAAUGGUUCUCAGGGCCGUACUGUGCUGUUCAAACCGGUAGUAGGGCGUUUGGAUGCUAGCGUUAGCAUCAGCUGGCUAGCAUUAGCCUAGAUAGGAGGGUGCAGACCCACACACAAUGGAACAGGUUUAAUCUCUGCUGUCUUUCUCUCAAACGCCAGCCGAUCGGCUUCAGCUCCUCAGAUUUGAGACCCCUGAACUUGCUUCAGCGUUCUGUCAGAACCUGUUCUGUGGUGAGAAGCAACAUGCUAGCUAAGCUAAUGCUAAUCAGCACCUCUCUUCUAGUUAUCAGCGCUGUUUAGUUGGUGGUUUGACAUUUAGUGCGGAUUGAAAAUCGCGCACUACCUUCAUUUUAUCGUCGACCGUUUAAGCGCUAAUGUGAAGACAGCUUUAGCGUUAGCAACGUUUUCAAACCUUUUGUUUUGACUUGUUUGUUGGUGUGAAAGGAGAUUAAGGCUUUGUUGUCCCCAUCUGGCGCAAAUGGGAACUGUCCUAGAUAUGCAGAAUAUUGGCGUAAAAAUGGCUUCAAAUAAUGAAAAUGUUAAGAUUCAUCAAUAAGUUUCUCCUAAUUUAUCGAGGUUUAAAAAUUGCAUAUCAUUCCAGCUCUAGUGACCGUAUGUAGCCUCCAGUAGCGACAUCAAGCUACUUGAUGACGCCGACGGAGUGAGACGAACAGAGGCAGAAAUCUUUGCAUAUCGUCGCCGUCAGAUUAAAACGUCGUAUCUCCAAAAACAACUUUUUACGUAAAGUCAUUUUUUUACUCUUUUUGUUGGUCCAUUUGUCGUGAAAUUGGCAUGAUGUAAAUAAAAUAAAAAUAAUAUAAAAAUAAAAAUAAAAUAAAAAUAAUAAAUAAAAAUAAAUAUAGAAAAGGACAAAAAUGAAGGUUUAAGGUUUUGAGCUUGUAGCUGUGAGCUGUGGUGUCUCGUUACGUUGAACAGGACUUUUGCUAAAAGCUUUUGUUCUGUAAAGCUUGUCCAACCUCACAAUAACAGCUGUGAAAGAAAGUAUUUGUGGGCGGAGCUUGGAUCAGUAACUUAGUUCAUU